AUGAUCACUGCCGAUUUUCUGACUACUGUAAGAGUACUGUAGCUUACUGUAGAUUCACCAUUUUUCGUUGCAGAUUCUCAUUUUUGGCAUCGUUUUUUGGGAGCAUGCGAAUUGUGCGGCUCCGGCUUCGCGAGAGAUUCGCGCGGAUUUUGUGGAUUUGGUUGGGAAUCAUUGGGAACCCGAAUUGAAGUGAGUACUGUAGUUUUUGGCGCGCGAAAAUUUGGAGCAUUUUGACACCAAAUGUGCUCCAAAAUCUAGGAUUACUGUAGCUACAGUACCGUGUUUGAUAUCAAAAUGCUCCAAAUUUUUCCAGCCAAAAAAUCUAGGAUUACUGUAGCGCUACAGUACCGUGUUUGAUCUCAAAAUGCUCCAAAUUUUUCCAGCCCGAAAAUCUCGCCAUCUCUGAUGACGUCAUCGCAAAUUCCACGUGACAAAUCGCAAAUCACCGUCACAUUUUUCCCGCCCGAAUACUGUCAAACCGCCCGAAUUUGCUUCGACAAGAAUCGCACGGCAUUUUGUCGAGAGCAAGAAAUCACGUGGAAUUUGGCAACCAGCCAAAUCACCGUAUUUUUGGCGGGAAAACCGGUGGACAACAAAAAAACCACGUGGUUUUCCGACGAUUUGACAUUGUCCAAUAUCGAAAAUCCGAAAAAAACGCAUAAAUUUGAAUAUUGGGAGGCUCAACCCUAUUUCAAUAAAAGGACUUGGGAUAAGUCGAAGAAGAAAAGUGGGCAAAUGAAGAAUGACAUUAAAGGAGCAUGGAUUACGGUAUUGACGAAUAGUCGACAAUGUCAACCGUAUAUUUUUGUGGAUGGAGUUGUGCAAAAUCAAUAUUAUUUUGGGGAAAGGUGCGUUUUUUGAACUUUUUUUGGCUCCAAAUAUUUUUCUAGUAUCGAUUUUUUGAAUUUUUCGUGA